GACAGUAACGACGGUUUGUUUGUACAAUUACACCCCAGGCCGCUAGGUGGCGGAGAGCACGAAUGAACAAAAGAAGAUUGUCAUCAUAACACUGCAGUUACCAUUAGCUCCAAGAUAGCGAAUAACAUUUUCACGCCUGAUUUGGGACAUUUUAACAGGUACACUGGAAUUUUCUGACACCCACUCAGACAUGUCCUAUGUCUUCAUCAACGACUCUUCGCAGACUAACGUGCCUCUGCUGCAGUCCUGCAUCGACGGAGACUUGGCCUUUGCCAAGAGGCUCCUGGAGACAGGAUGCGACCCCAACAUCCGGGACAACCGGGGCCGCACCGGCCUCCACCUAGCGGCCGCGCGGGGAAAUGUGGACAUCUGUCGCCUCCUGCACAAGUUUGGUGCUGAUUUGUUGGCGACAGACUACCAAGGCAACACUGCUUUGCAUCUGUGCGGGCAUGUAGAUACUAUACAGUUCCUGGUGUCAAAUGGGCUAAAAAUUGAUAUCUGUAACCACAAUGGCUCAACUCCCUUGGUGCUGGCGAAGAGACGCGGCGUCAACAAGGACGCCAUUCGUCUGCUGGAGGGACUGGAGGAGCAGGAGGUGAAAGGCUUCAACCGAGGUGCCCACUCCAAAUUGGAGACUAUGCAGAUGGCCGACAGUGAGAGUGCCAUGGAGAGCCACUCGUUACUCAACCCAAACCUGCAGAGCAGCGAAGGCGUGCUGUCCAGCUUCCGGACCACCUGGCAGGAGUUUGUGGAGGACCUGGGCUUCUGGAGGGUGCUCCUGCUGCUAGUGGUCAUCGCCCUCCUCUCCCUGGGCAUCGCCUACUAUGUCAGCGGAGUGCUGCCCUUCUCCACCAGCCAGCUGGAGCUGGUGCACUGAAUGAAGCAGAAACAUCUAUAAUUCUACCGGUUCUUUUAUUAGCACUACAUCAGAUUGUGUGUUUUAUAAUGAGGUUAUGACCUCACCUCUGUGCUCUCUUAGUAUUUGUGUCUCAUGUCACUAUUACUACCUUUACAGUGGAAUUUAAACUCCAAUCAUGCACACUUUUUUCAUUCCUUGUUUCGCUGUACAUUGCUAAUGUUUUGUACCUUUUUUUGCUCGCUCCUUUGUGUUAUUUAUCAACCCUCCUCUAACCAGCCAUGUCAUGGAAAUCAGCAGAGGUUGCAGGAAGCUGCAUCUUGUGCACACCUUGACUUGCGUGUGCCUUUUGUGUUCUUCAUUAAGACAUUCCCUAAAGCAUGCAGCUUUGCAAUAUUUGAGGUAAAAGUACUUUUAUUCGUCACUUGUACAAUGUACAGCUGUGUUGACUGGCAGAUAAAUAAAAGAAAUGUCUGAUUCUAA